AUCCCAUGUCUCUUGAUAGACUCCAUAAUAGUCCAGCCAAAAAUCAUUAAUUUUGGUUUUGGAUUACAAAGGCCAUUGGAAACUAUAUAUACAGCAUUUCUUCGGUUCUCAAGCAACACAAGUCAUUCCAUUUCUCAAGUACCAAAAUCCAAAUAUUUCCUUGUAUACAAGUCCUCUGACAUCAGUAUAUUAUUUGUUGUGUGAAGCAAUAUAGAAAACAAUGGGUUUCCGCAUAGCAGGUAUUAUUAGACGAGCAUCAUUUUCUACAACAAUAGCAGCCUGCAAGGGCAUUGAAGUACCAAAAGGCUAUCUUGCUGUUUAUGUUGGAGAUAAGAUGAGGCGGUUUGUGAUUCCAGUAUCAUACUUGAACCAACCUUCAUUUCAAGAAUUACUUAGUCAAGCAGAAGAAGAAUUCGGAUACGAUCAUCCAACUGGCGGUCUCACAAUUCCUUGCCACGAGGAUGAGUUCCUAAACAUCACCACUUGCUUGAAAGAAUUGUAAAUCAUACUAAUGGAAACUGAGAUAGAUUAGAUGAGGAAUAUUUGUACAGCUGGCACUUUCUUUUAUUGUAAAGGUUUUAUGUUUUGAUCUCUUGUAGAAUUCUGUUUUGAAAUUGAAACAUGUUGCUGAAUGAGAAUGCAACACAAGACAUUCAUUAACCACAUUUUGGCUUUUCACAAUCUCAAUGAAUUCUUAUAUGCACGAGUAUCAUUAUCCAAUUCCAGUCCAUGUAUGUUUUAAUACGGAUUUGUUUGUUGUUUGGUCAAAUGUUUAGGUAAAAAGGAGUGUUUAUCUUUAUUUUGUGGAGAUUUACUGUAGCAUAUCUCCCUUGUCAUAUAUUGGUGUAAUGUAACUCUACGUUGUGUGUGAAAUGAAUAAUGAAAUUGUGUGUUCACUUUU